AAAAAGCAGAAGCCUACCUUCAGGUACCUUACCUAAGAUUGGGCGGUGGGCGGGAAGCCGAAGGUUGAGGUUCCCCCUCUACCUCGGUCACCAGAAAACCGGCCUCGCACCUAUCACAGCGUCCAAUUUGUCAGACAAACUCGACAACAUCUUGUUAACUUUGCCUUGCACACAGCACCACAGGCGCAACGCAACAUCUGUACAUUCAAUCUUGUUUAUCAACACCAACGAGCCAAACACGCAAAAAAUGUCGACAGUAGCCCGCGCCCUCCGCCCGGCUCGCCGCCUCCGCUUCACGGCGCCGGCACCCGUAACAGCGGCAGCACCCCUGAUCCUCCGCAGGUGCUUCGCCGACAAGCCGCCCAUCUACACCGAGUCCGCCGUCAACAACGAGCUCGGCGUUGGCGAGUUCGAGGGCAUCAAGUUCCGCGUCGAGCCGCUGCGGCGCCAGGGUGAGGAUGAGCGGACCAUGCGCGCCCGUCUUCUCUACCAAUCCCGCAAGCGCGGAACUCUCGAAUCAGACCUCCUCAUGUCGACUUUUGCAAACGAACACCUCCCGCACAUGACCAAAUCCCAAAUGGCGCAGUACGACCUCUUCCUCGACGAGAACGACUGGGACAUUUACUACUGGGCCACCCAAGAGGAAGCCCCCUCCGCCUCGGCCUCGACCCAAAAGACAUCGUCCUCUUCUUCGACGAAGGAUACCCUCGCCUCCUCAACCGUCAACGCAGCAGAAUCCUACCGCCCCAUCGGCUCCGGCGCCGCCUCGACAAUCGACUCGGGCAAGAAGACCCCUUCCAAGCCGAAGGAGGACGUCCGCACGCAAGACGUCCCCGGCGAGUGGGCCAACACCGUCGGCUCCUUCAAGGCGCAGUACCGGCCCGUUCCCGUGCGGUGGCAGAGGAGCGAGAUUUUAGAGAUGCUGAGGGCUCAUGUGCGCAGCCGGCGUGCGGAUGGGACUGUGGGCGUGCAUCGGGAUGUGCAGGAGCGUAAGGAGGGCGGGUUGGGGUUCAUGCCGCCUUUGUUUGACGUUGAUGGGGCGGGGAAGAAGAACUAGAUUCUCACCUCGCAGCCGAGAAGAAAUGCGGAAGUAGCUGGCUUCAGGAGUUUGCGCUUGAGAGAAAGGGAGAGGCAGACAGAGGAGCAGAGGAGCAGAGGGGUUUGUAAUACUGUACCAACAACAUCUAUCAGGAAAUACCAUCAUUGGGUGGGGAGGGGAAAAUCAUGGGAGCACGGUACAUUAUAGACGGACGGCUUCAUUGGAGGCCAUUUUGCAUAUUCGGAGAUGGAGAGAGAGUACGUGCCUACGAGGUAGAUCGGCAGGAUAGUAGAUUACUGCAAGCCUUCAUUGGAAGGUCUUGGCACGUCGAGCAAUGUUGAACACCAAUUUGUAAUAUGACAGCGACAGGAGGCUCUUAGCAAAGUUGCCAGCAUAGAGACAUUGCUGAACCAGAGAACCAGUGGAUGAUAUCAUGAAAAACAAGGAGUGGGGCCCUCCCUUGCGUUCAAAUGUC